AUGGCGCCUCAGACAGCUUCUCAAAAGAACCCUUCGUUCGUCCUCCAAAAACAAGACCACCUCACCUUCGAAGACCGCCCCAUCCCCCAACUCCAAUCCCCCUACGAUGUCAUUGUCCGCCCUCGCUGGACCGGCAUCUGCGGUUCCGACGUGCACUACUGGACGCACGGCCGCAUCGGCCACUUCGUCGUCGAGUCGCCCAUGGUGCUCGGCCACGAGUCCGCGGGCAUCGUGUCCGCCGUCGGCGACAAGGUGACGACGCUCAAGGUCGGCGACCGCGUCGCCAUGGAGCCCGGCGUGCCCUGCCGGCGCUGCGUGCGCUGCAAGGAAGGGCGCUACAACCUGUGCCCGGACAUGGCGUUUGCCGCCACGCCGCCCUACGACGGCACGCUCGCCCGAUACUACACGCUACCCGAGGACCUGUGCUACCGGAUCCCCGAGACCAUGUCGCUCGAGGAGGGCGCGCUGAUUGAGCCCACGGCCGUGGCGGUGCACAUAUCGCGGGCGGCGGCCAUCAAGCCGGGCGACCAGGUCGUCGUUUUCGGUGCUGGCCCCGUGGGCCUCUUGUGCUGCGCCGUCGCGAGGGCGUACGGCGCCAGUAAGAUUGUGACGGUGGAUAUCAACGAGGAGAGGUUGCAGUUUGCGCUCAAGUACGCGGCGACGCACGCGUUCCGGAGCGAGCGUGUUAGUGCCGAGGAGAAUGCGAGGAAGUUGAUUGAGCAGACGGGCUUGGUGAAUGGGGGUGCGGACGUGAUUAUCGAUGCUAGUGGCGCGGAGCCGUGUAUCCAGACGGCGAUUCAUGCGUUGAGGAUGGGGGGGACGUAUAUCCAGGGCGGCAUGGGCAAGGCGGACAUCACCUUCCCCAUCAUGGCCAUGUGCACAAAAGAACUCAACGUCAAGGGCUCGUUCCGCUACGGCCCUGGGGACUACCAGACGGCCGUCGACAUGGUGGCGUCGGGCCGCCUCAGCGUCAAGGAGUUGAUUACGAGAAAGGUCAAGUUCGAGGAGGCCGAGCAGGCGUUUGCCGAUGUGAGGGAUGGGAAGGGCAUUAAGAUUUUGAUCGAGGGGCCUGAGGGGGAGUAG